UGAAGUUUAAAAAUUAUCCAAGCCAAAAGAUUAAUUAAAUAAUAAAGAAAAAAGGGAAAAAAACACAUGGCUCUAAGGCUGUUGUCUGCAACCUUCGUCACUGUUCCCAAACUUCAAAUCUCGAAGAAGCGCGACGGCUUUACCGAAGCUAGGGUUUCGUCAUCGCCGUCGAUUUCUAGUAUUUCGCGUAAAACCGGAUCGAUAAAAUGUCAGGCUUUGGGAGAGAGCUCUGUUGAUGGAGUCGUUAAUCAAGGAAUUUACGGUCCAUGGACCGUCGAUUCCUCCGACGUCCGAGAGGUGAUUUUAUACAGGUCAGGGCUAGUGACUGCUGCUGCUUCAUUUGUAGUUGCUGCUUCAGCUGCUUUUUUGCCUGAGAACUCUUUACCUAGCAAUGUAAUCAAUGAAAAUCUUGAUUUGCUUUAUACACUUGGAGCUGGAGGAUUGGGCUUAUCUUUAUUUUUGAUUCACAUCUAUGUGACUGAGAUUAAGCGCACUCUUCAAGCACUAUGGGCACUAGGUGUUGUUGGAUCUUUAGCAACAUACACGAGCCUUGCACAACCAACUGGUGAGAACUUAAUACAGUAUGUUAUUGACAACCCAACAGCUGUGUGGUUCAUUGGCCCUCUUUUUGCAGCACUGACUGGACUUGUCUUCAAGGAAGGCCUUUGCUAUGGAAAGCUGGAAGCUGGUAUUCUCACCUUCAUUAUCCCCACUGUUCUUCUUGGGCACCUGACGGGCAUAAUGGAUAAUGGAGUAAAACUUACUCUUCUGGCUUCUUGGAUGGCACUCUUCGUGAUAUUUGCAAGCAGAAAGUUCACUCAGCCUAUCAAGGAUGACAUUGGCGACAAAUCUGUAUUCAUGUUCAAUGCCCUUGCGGAAGAGGAAAAGAUGGCUUUGAUUGAGAAGCUUGAGCAACAAAAAUUAAAGAACCUUAAAUAGAAAUGGACGGGUGCCAACAAUGACUUAUGCAUCAAGACAGGGUUUUGUAUCAACUCAAAUGAAACAAUGAUCUCAGGGAUCGGUAAUGUAAACUAGGAUUCUUAUCCCACUGGCUCUAAUAUUCUUACAUUAUUAGCUUAUGAAUCUAAGUUUUUUAUUUA